CGAUAGGAAGGACCAAUCUGUUGGAGAAGAACGGUGACCGGAGAGUACGAUCGGGAGAGAAGACUCGCCGGCCGGCCAGCCAGGAGGAUCGACUGCAAUUCUUCUAAUCUCUCUCCUGAUUUUAUCGUCUCCGGCUACCCAAUUUCCUGCCGAUCAUGACAACAUCAAGGCGUCUUGCAGACCGCAAGGUGGUGAGGUUCGAGAGGAAUAUCACAAAGAGAGGAGCUGUUCCAGAGACAACCGUUAAGAAGGGGAAGGACUAUCCUGUUGGGCCUCUGCUGCUUGGAUUCUUCGUAUUUGUCGUCAUUGGAUCAUCUCUGUUCCAGAUUAUCAGGACAGCAACAGGGGGAGGCAUGGCUUGAUGUGAUGAUCUCUGAUUUUGAGAUGGUGUUAUAGUUUCAUCUCUUGUAGCCUCACCUUCUUAGGCUGAAGGACGAACACAGAAGAAAAUGAAAAAGUUGUUAUUUUUAUUCUUUUUAAAAUGAAUUGAUCCCGCAGCUGGUUCUUUGGUGGGGACAUUUGAAGAAUUUUGAUAAUAGAAUUUACUACAAUCCUCUCUCUAGUUUCAUAUAAUCUUAAUAAUAAUUUUUUUAAAGUA